AUGCUUGAUUACUCUUUUUUCAUGAAGCGGAAAAAGAAAUGGCGAAAAAUACUAUAUGAAGAUCAGGGGUACGAGGACAACUAUGUGCACAGCAGUUUUAUGAGCUCCCUCUUGACAAACUUCGGGAUCAAGUACAAGUAUUCCCAUGUCUGCCACAGCGUGCUGUGCGUGAAUCACCAAAUAAUCGUCGUGCUGUUUCUCCUGUUGGCGUACCACUGCAUUGACAAAAAUAUAGCGUCAAACAGGCUAAUAUACGCAGCCAACAUCACCAUCAUUAUACUCAAGGAGGUGCUAAUUUACCAAGUCCAUAAAUCGAUCAAAUGCUCCUUUAAGAAUAUUUUAGACACCAUAAUUAUUAUUGGAAUUAUAUGGAUUCUAUCCCCCGUGUUAAUUAGCCUAACUCAAACGCACAGCGACAACACGGUGUACCUGGUUUCCAUACUGCUGCUGCUCAUUCAUCUUAUGUUUCACAAUUACGGAUUUAUAUACGAGAAGAACGAAAAUAUAGACAUAUUCGAUUCGACUUCCCUAAGCUGUGCCGUCAUCGCAAGCGUCAUACUGGGAUCCCGCCUGGCAUCCAUCGAACAGUUAAAAAACAUCAAGUACUACAACUACGUCUUGUUUCCCCUGAUGUUCUUAAUUGUAUCCCUCUGUAUAAGAAGCAUUUCUACCAUUCUGUUUUACUUAAACUUCUUCGGUCACAUUUUCCUCAUUUUUGUCGUUCCCGCGUUUUUCGUAAGGAAGCACAAUUUGAAAACCAAACUCGAGGGACCGUGGGACAUUUGCGCCUUCCCGUCAACAACAAAUAAAAAAACACAAGGUUAG